AUGUUAUUUCAACUAAAAAGCUUAUCUAACGAGUCACUUGAACCAGCACUUAUUUUUUGCCAUAGAAUUGAGUUAAAAUUGUGGACUGGUGAUGUUGAAAAGGAAGCUAAGAUAUUUUAUGACGCAAUUCAUUCCGCAUUGAACGAUGACUCACUCGAGGAACAAAGAAAACAAAAACUAGUGCUUCUUAAAGAAACACCUGACAUCAACCGAAUUCUUUGUGGAAGCUGUUCUGAUAAAGAACGUGAAGCUUAUCAAGAUAUUUUUAAUGCCUUGGAUAAAUUAACUCUGAAGUGUGAUGAUAAUGAUUGUGAUUCGUUAAGUCUAGAAGUCAUAGACAUUUCCUCUAAGUGGGCAAGCAAAUUCAAAUACACCACGGUUAAUUUUGUUAAAGGUGUGUUUUCUAAAAAAUUGGAGUUGGAAGUAGCUGUGGUAGAAGAGUGUAAGAAAGUUAUUCAAGAACAAAACGACUCUGUACUUAAAUGGAUUAUUUCUGAAAGUUCCGUAGCCUCCUUGGGUCAAUGGGUAGAAAAUUUAGAAAAUGAUAUUUGGAAAUUGGAUAAAGAUUGGAAUAAAAAUCAAUCCGCAUUGUUAUUAGUGCGGAAUAUAGUUACUGUUGUAACCCAUAAUUUGAAGGCAGUUAAAAAGGCAAAAUUAAUUAAAAUAAGCACGCACUAA